CGCCAAUCAAUCCAUCACAUUGACCGCGGCGCGCUAACAAUGGCAAGGAAGCCAGCGAAGUCUUCUUCACCGUCGUCGCGAGUGCCGAUCGUGAGUGUGGCGCCGAUGGUGGACGUGACAGAUCGUCACUUCCGGUCGUUGAUUCGCAUCAUGACGAAGCGGACGUUGCUGUACACGCCCAUGUUCCUCGCGCGUCGCGUGGCGCAGCGCAAGCGGCAUGAAGUGGCUCAGAUGCUUCUGUUUCGACCGGAGGAGUUGCCGCUGGCCGUGCAACUCGGCGGUAACGACGUCCGUCACAUCAUGGGCGCGGCUCGAAAGUGCCAAGACGCAGGCUUCAGUGAGAUCAACCUGAACCUCGGAUGUCCGGCCGGCACCGCGCAAGAGCGCAACUUUGGCGCGACGCUGAUGAAACCCCCCCACGACAAGAUCACGCACCUCGUCAGGACCAUGACAUCCCAGCUGGACACGCCCGUGUCCGUCAAGGUCCGCAUCGGCGUCGACUCGCAUGACGACUACCCGUUCUUCCGCGACUUCAUCGGCCGACUGCAUGCGCAAGGAGGGUGCAACCGAUUUGUAGUCCACGCGCGGAAGGCGCUUCUGGACGGCAUCAGCACUCGGCAGAAUCGGCUGGACGAGCUCGUGCCGCUGCGCCAUGAAUGGGUGUAUCGACUCAAGCAAGAGAUGCCGCAUGUCCACAUUGAAAUCAACGGCGGCAUCAAAUCCAUCGACGACAUGCAAACACAUUUAGCCCACCCUUGUGGCCUCGACGGCGUGAUGAUGGGGCGACUGGCACGAGAUGAUCCGUUUGCAUUCACCAACAUCGACGCGAGUUUAUUUGGCGAUGCACAUAUAUGGAAGCAUUUGUCUCCGCUAGAAGGCCGCAUGGAGGUGCUUCGGCAAUACGCUGAAUAUGCACUGGCCGAGCAAGAUCAAGGCGUCGAAUCUCGACGGGAGAUGCUCCUACGACCAACCAACCAACUGUUUCAAGGGCUUCCCGUAGAAAAGCGAGUGUUUGCUUCGCUACUGCGGAGCCCGUCGGCUGCAGAUCGACCGCAAAUGUUUGGCCAAGAACUGCUCCAAGUGCUACAACAACUGCCAGCUGCGGUCGACUCGGAGCGGAAACACAUGGCAACGCAGAAAAGGUGGUCCCCUCGAUAUCAACAACAACCACCAGAUACCCCCCAGAAACGGGCGAUCAAGGCCAUCCAAUCGCCGUUUCCAGCUUGGGCCAAGAAAAAGAAACCGAAUAAGUGAAAGACAUGUUCCCAAGCGCCCAAUUUCGCGGUUCAAAUAGAAUGUUUUGGUCGAAAGUUAUGUAAUCGUCCAAUUUAAAGAGCAA